CACAUUUGGCUUCGUGCAACCUAAAUUCGUACGUGUUAAUUUCUAAAAUACAAAAAAAAAGCAAUAAAAAAAAUUCUAAAUGGAAGUUGAAGAGUCAGAAACGGACGCAAACUCUCCGGAGGAUAAAACGUCCGAACCGGAACCGCCACCGGAGGACGCCCCGGAAAUACUUCUGGAUUCAAUAGAGGAACCCGAUGUACCCCCAAUCUGUCCCUUCGUUACAAUCGAUUCCAAUACGACAGUCGUUGACGAGUCGGAAGAAUUCCCCGAACCAGUGGAACCGCUGGAACGGCUCGCGUGGGAACCAGAACCGGAGACGAAGCGCAGCUUCGCAAAUCUGUACGUUUCCGAAUGCUAUAAAUAUGGCGUAACCCCGUUGAGUUACAUAACCGAACUACUGACUGCAGUUGACUCCAGCCCCGACGAACCCGUUGAAAUAGAUUUGAAUCGGUUCGGUUGCAGCAACCUGCAGGUGCAAAUAAUCUUCGACUGCUUGUACCAGGCAUGUCCUGGCCAGUUGCGUCUCCUGGACGUGAGCCACAACCUACUAAUGGAUGCUUCCCUGGCGGUGAGCUUGGCGAAUCUGUUGCAGGCGUCCCAGACGAUCGUCGAUUUGAAUCUUUCGAAUUCCAAUAUGGACCAUGAAGUGAUGUCGAUCUUGUCGAGGGCACUAUCCUCGUCCAGCGUUCAGAAGCUGGGAAUGGCUCACUGUCACCUGAGCGAUGGCAGUGGCGAGCUGCUUUUCCAGGAGCUGGUACUGUCCGAUUGUAUCCGCGAGGUUGAUGUCAGCUGGAAUCGAUUGGAGCAUCGGAGUGGUGUCGCAAUCGGGACGUUUCUAGCGGGGAAUGCAUCAUGCGAGAAGCUAAAUUUGGAGGGAAAUUAUCUCUAUCUGGAGAAGCAAUGCAUAGUGCCUAUGCUGAAAGAGCUAUGCAAGAAUGUCACUUUGAAACAGCUGAAUUUGGCGUGGAAUGGCCUUCAUGGGUCGUUGUUCGGACAGACUUUGCAUAAAGCGUUGACGAGCUGCGGGUUGGAAGUACUGAACCUGGAAAUGAACAGCAUGAGAUCUGAUGAAGCCGACAGCUUGAUAAAAGCUUUGCGGAAAAGUGAGAGUUUGAAAGAAAUUCACAUUGGUGGAAACUUUUUCACCGAAGUGGAACUGAAAGAUCUUGUUAAAGCUUUCGGUAGAAAUCAAAGCAUCAAGCAUCUGUCGCUAGGAAAAUAUCAGUUCAUCUCGAAAGUGGCGGGAAGACUAGCGAAACGUUGUAUGACGCGCGAUGAUUCGAAAUCUGUCCUCUUCCAGGGCAUCCUGUUGGCGAAUCCUCCUCGUCCGGUGGAUCUGCACGAAAUGUUGUUGGAUCGCUGUCGGUUCUUAGGAUUCAAGCCGAAAAGAAAGAAGCGGAAACGAAACUUGGGUCAUUUUAUGCUGCAAUUGCAGAAGCUGGAAAAUCUCCUGCUGACAAGGGAUGAUUUUGUCGCUCAGGUGAAGAAAUUCCGGAUAAAGCUAGACCAAAAUCUACUGAGGGCACUGAUGGAUGCUUUCGCCGACCGGAAGCUCGUCGAUUGUGGGGCCAUGGCAACAAAGUAUCUUACAAAGUAUCCUACAGAACCACCGCCAGUGAAGAGGAAAAAAGCAAAGAAGAAGAAAAAGAAG